AUGGUUGCCAUUGAGAAUAUAGAGGUGCCGCUAACCAAUCGUACAUUGGAUGACGUAUCAAAACAGCCAUGGCUUGUAUAUUGCAGGUUUCAAAAGAACGAACAUGCUUGUGGACGUAUAAUUGGUUCACGAAGGUAUUACUAUGACGUAAGAAUGCAAACCUGUGUACGUUUUCAAUAUGCAAACUGCAGGCAUACCUACAAUAUGUUCUCUAGCUUACCAGCUUGCAGGAGUCAAUGUCAAGACUUAGGUUUGCGUCACGCGCCCGUAAAUGUAACAGAAAAUGUUUUUUGCCGAUUUCAACCUGAAUUUGGAGCUUGUAAUUCCUAUCAUCCAAUGUUUUACUUCGACAUAUCAGAAAUGGCCUGCAAAGGCUUUUCUUUUAGCGGUUGUGGAGGUAAUCACAACAGGUUUGAAACAAUUAACGAUUGUCUAAAAGUUUGUCAUCCUGCGGUAAAACAGGAUGCUAAUUCAAAAUAA